CGGCCCCGGCUCGUUGGGGUCCUGCGCGGCGGCGGCGGGCGGGUCGACUAGUCGGUGUCUCCUUCACUUCGUCCUCCAGUUCGAGCGGCCGCAGCCAGCGCGGUCUCCUCACGGCGAGACCCUCCCGGCUCCCCUCGGACAGCCCCGCCGGCCAGAUUCAUUAGAUUGGCCUAGCUAUGACUUAUCCUCCACCAUGUUCCCCUCCGCCUCCGAGACCUCCAAUGGCGAUCCCUCCAUCAUAUGCAGAUCUUGGCAAAUCUGCCAGAGAUAUCUUCAACAAAGGCUAUGGUUUUGGGCUGGUGAAACUGGACGUGAAAACAAAGUCUGCAAGCGGGGUGGAAUUCACAACAGCUGGUUCAUCAAACACAGACACAGGGAAAGUGAAUGGGAGCUUGGAGACCAAAUACAAAUGGGCUGAGUAUGGUCUGACUUUCACAGAAAAAUGGAACACAGAUAACACUCUGGGAACAGAAAUUGCGAUUGAAGAUCAGAUUGCCAAAGGUUUGAAGCUGACGUUUGACACAACCUUCUCACCAAACACGGGGAAGAAAAGUGGCAAAAUUAAGUCAUCUUAUAAACGUGAAUGCGUAAAUCUUGGUUGUGAUGUUGACUUUGAUUUUGCUGGACCUGCGAUCCAUGGCUCCGCUGUUGUUGGUUACGAGGGCUGGCUUGCUGGUUAUCAGAUGACUUUUGAUAGUGCCAAAUCAAAGCUGACAAGGAAUAACUUCUCUGUGGGUUACAAAACUGGAGACUUCCAACUGCACACUAACGUCAAUGAUGGGUCAGAAUUUGGUGGCUCAAUUUACCAGAAAGUGAGCGACAGUCUUGAUACUGCUGUAAAUCUAGCUUGGACAGCGGGCAGCAACAGCACUCGUUUUGGCAUUGCAGCUAAAUACCAGUUGGAUUCCACUGCUUCCAUCUCUGCAAAAGUGAACAACUCCAGUUUAGUUGGAGUGGGUUACACCCAGACCUUGAGGCCAGGUGUGAAGCUUACACUCUCCGCCCUGGUAGAUGGGAAGAGCAUCAAUUCUGGAGGUCAUAAACUUGGUCUUGGUCUGGAGUUGGAAGCUUGAAACAGCCGAAGGAACUGCUGCAAGGAAGGGAUAUCAGAAGAAUUUGGCCUUAAAAAUGUAUUUCCAGUGUGAUCAGCAGGCUUUUCAUCCCAACAGGGAUGACCUAGAACAAGAGCUGUAUUCAAAGUAUUUUAGACAGUUACUUGUUAGC